AUGAGUAAGGAUUUUUGGACCCAACACUCACCCCUCGACAUCCCCAGACCUGAGGACGACGGAUUGUGCGACCACCUUAGAGGCUUCAACCUACCAAGCGUUUCACUCCCCUCUGCGAAAGAUAACUCUAUGAAGGUCGACUUGGCAAACUUGGAUGGGUUGACUGUCGUGUUCAACUAUCCGCGUACUGCAGAACCAGGCGAAGAAGUCCCUCCCGAGUGGAACAGUAUCCCAGGUGCCAGAGGCUGCACGCCACAGGCCUGCUCGUGCCGGGACAACUUUGAUGCGCUGAAAGACCUUGGGGUAGCUCAGGUGUUCGGUGUGUCCACUCAGAGUUCAGAAGCCCAAAAAGAGCUUCGCGAAAGGGUUCAUUUGCCUUAUGAUCUCUUAAGCGACGCCAAUUUGAGGUUCGCGACCGCGGCAAGACUCCCUACCUUUGAGUGGAAACAGCGAAAGCUGAUCAAGCGGGUCACUCUUGCGAUUAAGAGUGGAAAAGUUGUCAAACAUUGGUACCCUGUGUUUCCCCCAGAUCAAAACGUCAUAGAAGUUCUGAAGUGGUUGAAAGAGUAUGAAGGCAAGGCGGCUAUCUCUUCGGAAUGA